AGAAGAAGCAGCGGUAACGCUUUGAAUGGACAUGAUCCAGACAUGGACCUUCCAUUUGACACUGUCUUAUCAGCAUCAUCAUCUUUUCUCAAGAAAUUCAGGACGAGAAAUCAACAUGACCAACGACUUCUCUCCAGACAAUACAGCUAUCAGCGAGAUCUUCUCGACGACUCAUCCAACGACAUUCGAAUAUGCCUAGUACGAUCAAAACUCAACGUCCGGAACCAACCCACGAGAUUAUUUGCCGUCAAGGUAUUUGUCCACCCUCAAAAGAACCGCUUUAGGCUGUACACGAGGAGAGUCACAGCCGAAUUCUGCAUUGCGCACACCUUACAACAUCCCAACGUCGUCCGCGUUAUUGAAUUGCUACACAACGAUCACGGAGACUUGUGCCAGGUCAUGGAAUAUUGCGACGCAGGCAGCCUUCUCGAUCUGCUGACGCAAGUCAAUCAUCUCACGCACGACGAAGCGGACUGUUUCUUCAAGCAGCUGUUACAUGCCGUACAAUACAUCCAUAGUGUAGGCGUGGCGCAUCGAAAUUUAAAGCCCGAAAAUAUCCUUUUAACGAAACAGGGAACUUUGAAAAUUACAGAUUUUUGCUAUGCGGAAUGUUUUAGGUUACCGUGGGCAGCGCCACUGAAGCGAAGUUUUCAGGAGAGAAGUAUCCAGCAUCGAGAAUUGAAGGGAACGAUUGCAUACAUGGCGCCAGAACAGUUUACGAAGGCGGCAUUUGAUCCUGCGGCGGGCGAUAUGUGGGCUAUUGGGAUUAUCUACUUUGCUAUGCGGUCUGGUCGCUUACCCUGGAAAAGAGCUACAGAAGAAGAUGCGUUCUACCGGCAGUACUUGGCAGAUUUGGAGAAUGGAAGGGUUAACAAAUACAUGGACUUCGUUUCCACGCAAACUCACCGACAUGUCCUUUACUCGAUAUUGCAGCCGAGUCCUCGAUACCGGUUCACAGCCACUCAAGUUUUAGACUCCGACUGGAUCAGAGAAACCAAGCUUUGUGCGGCUGCUAGUGGAAGUAUGCAAUCGACGUGA